AUGCAAAUAACUGGCUUAUAUAAAGGAAGGGCAAUUAUUAUAAAAGACUCUUACAGUGUUAUAAAUAAGAAGCUUAAACUAUUUCCUGCUAUGUUUAACUUACAAACAGGACCGAAAGAAGUAUUUCCAUACAACUACUACAGCAGUACUUUGUUAGCAAAUGACAACAGAACUGGUGUCAUUUCUGAAGCGUGUAAGUUUAUCCAGGAUGCGGAUACAUUUAUGAAGAACAUAGAUUCCAUCAAAGGUUGCAGAAUAGAUGAAAACCACUUCGACUUAGCAAAGUAUAGCACGUUUUACUGCAAACAAGAUGUAAGAAUAUUAAGAGAAGGUUUUGUUAAGUUCCGCAAUGACAUAUUGAAAGAAUUUGAUUUAAACGUUUAUGACUACGUUAGCAUUUGUUCAAUUGCUAACAAAUUAUUUGAGAACAGAGUGUACUUCCCGAAUGGAAAUUUAUAUGACCUCUCAAAUAAACCAAGAGAAUUUAUUUCGAGAUGCAUUCAAGGUGGAAGAUUUAUGCUGUCAGAUAACAUUAAACAAAAGAGCGAAAAGAAACUCAUUGCUGACUUCGACGCUGUUUCAUUAUAUCCAUCAGCUAUAGCAAGACUUUAUACUUUAGAAGGUAUUCCAAAGGUUAUGAAGAAAGAAAUGUUAAGCACAGAGUAUCUCAUGAGACAUUUAUUCGAUGACGACCAAAAGGAACCCAUUGGUGAAAAGUUUAUGUCUGGCUUCUUUGUUCUCAUUAAGAUAACAGAGAUUGGAAUACAUAGACACUUUCCUUUAAUAGUUUGUGACCCUGAACUAAAUCCAGAACUUAACGUUCCCAGAAGUUCAAACACUUGCUGUUUAAUGUAUGUUGACCAUAUAACAUUACAAGACCUCAUAAAAUAUCAAGGUGUCAAAUGUGAAGUGUUGCAAGGAUACUAUUACGAUGGAAACAGAGAUAUUAGAAUAAGAGAUGAAGUAAAGAAGUUGUUUGAGUUAAGGUUAAAGUAUAAGAAAGAAGGAAAUCCUUUGCAAGAAAAUAUAAAGCUCAUUCUGAACA